CUCUUUAAGAGCCCUAUAUAGUCAUAAUCAGCACCCUUGGUGGCAAGAUGUGAAAUUUCUCUGCCAAUAAGAGAGGAUCAUCUUUAACUCUCUUAGUGCCUAUAGAACAGACAAUAGAGAUAACACUUUGCUGGUCUCUUCUACUUCCUUUUUUUGCUAAUUACGUAAAACCUAUUCUGAAAAGCAGGCUCCAUUCCCUGCUCAAAGGCUCCAGUUGGUGGCUGUAAGAAUAUCUCUUCUCAAGUAGCUGCACCAGGUCCUCAUGUUGCUGUGGUCAUUGCUGGUCAUCUUUGCUCCAGUCAGUGAACAGUCAGACUGGGUGACCCUUCUGGCCCCCUCUUCUGUCUUGGAAGGAGACAGUGUGGUUCUGAAAUGCCAGGCAAAAUGGACUGGAGGAAUAAAAACUAUGUCUUACCACAAGGAUGGAAGACAGUUACUUUCGUCAAAUAAAGUCUCAACCUUCUCUAUCCAAAGUGCAGCUUUUAAUGACAGUGGCCAGUACCACUGUGCCAUUUCUGGAAAACUUCUUUGGAAUCGGGAAACAACUUCAAAAGCAGUAAAGCUCAAAGUCCAAGAGCUGUUUCCACCUCCUGUGCUGACGGCCAGCUCCUCUCAGCCCACGGAGGGGACUCCAGUGACCCUGACCUGUGAGACCUGGCUCCCUCCUGAGAAAUCAGGCACCGAGCUUCAAUUCUGCUUCUUCAGAGAAGGCCAGGGCCUGGGGCCAGGCUGGAGCAAGUCCCCAGAGCUCCAUAUCCCUACUAUAUGGAGCCAAGACUCAGGGUCUUACUGGUGCGAGGCACAAACAGUGACUCCCAGGGUCAAAAAGCAGAGCCUCAAAUCUCAGAUUCAUGUGCAGAGAGUACCCGUCGCUAACGUGAGCUUAGAAACCCAGCCCCCUGGCGGCCAGGUGAUUGAAGGAGAGAAGUUGGUCCUCCUCUGCUCGGUGUCUGAGGGCACAGGAAACAUCACAUUCUCCUGGCACAGAGAGACCACAGAAACCAGUCUGGGAAACAAGACCCAGCGUUCCCUGUCAGCAGAGCUGGAGAUCCUGGCUGUGAAGGACAGUGAUGCUGGCAAGUAUUACUGCAGAGCUGACAAUGGUUACCGGCCCGUCCUGAGUGAGGUGAACAUCACUGUGAGAAUUCCAGUGUCUCGCCCUGCCCUUACCAUCAGGGUUUCUGGGGCCCCGGCUAUGGUCGGGGACGUGGUGGAGCUUCACUGUGAGGUCCAGAGAGGCACUCACCCUAUCCUGUACCAGUUCUAUCAAAAGGAUGUCAUCCUGGGGAACAGCUCGGCAUCCUUUGGAGGAGGAGCAUCCUUCAACCUCUCUCUGACCUCAGAGCACUCUGAGAACUACUCUUGUGAGGCCGACAAUGGCCUCAGGGCCCAGCGUAGUGAGGUGGUGACACUCAAUGUCACAGGACCUGAGGGCUACAGAAAAGACCUUGUCAUAGCCGGAACUCUCGGGGGACUCUUUGGUGUUCUUGGUUUUGUUGCUGUUGCCCUACCAUUUUAUUACUGGUACCAAGAGACAUCAGUUCCAGUGUCUCGCCCUGCCCUUACCAUCAGGGUUUCUGGGGCCCAGGCUAUGGUCGGGGACAUGGUGGAGCUUCACUGUGAGGUCCAGAGAGGCACUCACCCUAUCCUGUACCAGUUCUAUCAAAAGGAUGUCAUCCUGGGGAACAGCUCGGCAUCCUUUGGAGGAGGAGCAUCCUUCAACCUCUCUCUGACCUCAGAGCACUCUGAGAACUACUCCUGUGAGGCUGACAAUGGCCUCAGGGCCCAGCGUAGUCAGGUGGUGACACUCAAUGUCACAGGACCUGAGGGCUACAGAAAAGACCUUGUCAUAGCCGGAACUCUUGGGGGACUCUUUGGUGUUCUUGGUUUUGUUGCUGUUGCCCUACCAUUUUAUUACUGGUACCACAAGACAUCAGUUCCAGUGUCUCGCCCUGCCCUUACCAUCAGGGUUUCUGGGGCCCCGGCUAUGGUCGGGGACGUGGUGGAGCUUCACUGUGAGGUCCAGAGAGGCACUCACCCUAUCCUGUACCAGUUCUAUCAAAAGGAUGUCAUCCUGGGGAACAGCUCGGCAUCCUUUGGAGGAGGAGCAUCCUUCAACCUCUCUCUGACCUCAGAGCACUCUGAGAACUACUCUUGUGAGGCCGACAAUGGCCUCAGGGCCCAGCGUAGUGAGGUGGUGACACUCAAUGUCACAGGACCUGAGGGCUACAGAAAAGACCUUGUCAUAGCCGGAACUCUCGGGGGACUCUUUGGUGUUCUUGGUUUUGUUGCUGUUGCCCUACCAUUUUAUUACUGGUACCAAGAGACAUCAGAAGCAAAUGACAGCAGAAGCAGACAGCUAAUCCCAAGAUCAUGGAACAAGAUAUCAUGCAAGUUACUAAGAUUUGUGGACUUUGCUUAGUGAUUGUAACUUUUCUUGUAUUAAUAACCUUACUAUACUCCUGUGGUCUUAUUUCUUAGAAAUUCUCUCUAAUAUGAAAGUCCAAAUAAACUUUUUUUCUGCUUAAUUGCUAAUGCUUCUCUUUAUGCCUGAGUAAGUACUACAAGAGAAAUAGGACAAAAUAUCAUAAAAACUCACACACACACAAAAAAGCUUCUUAGCCUCAUUCAAUACCUCCUAUACCUAAUACUCCUUUUCUUGAUAUUUUUAACUGGUUACCUAAUAGUAUUGGCUCUUAGUUACAUUUUUAUUCCAGACUAGAUUGAUUAUCUUAGUUAUUGUAAUCAUUAUUUUGGGGUUAAUCAAAUAUUAUAUGAAUUGUUUCUCUAACAUUUGUAAUCAGGACACUAUUUCCCUGACAAUGCAUAGAAUUAUGUAUUUUUAAAGAACCCCAGUUUACACCUUAAGUUAGUCUUUUAGACUCCAAAUGUGGCCUUGCUGUACACAUGUCCCAACCAGAGAAUCACAGAAGCAGAGUGUCUAAGCUGUGGCAUGGUGAAGAAAUUAAUAGCUGAAUACUGGAAAAUGAAAACUAGGUCUGAAAUUUAAUAAAACAACCUAAAAAAUCCAUGCAGAAGAAAGCACUCUUAUAGUAGUGAUCAAGGAAUGUCUACAGAAAUUCAUGAUCAGAAGGGAGGAGUGUAUAAGAGCAUUUUAAAACUGAGGUGUUUGGCUUGACUAAGGUUGCUGACACAGGUCUAAAAUCAAAUUCCCCUUUUCCCCAGAUCCUUGCUCCUGCUUUCAGAAUACGUGCACUCCUCUUCCUUCCGGGUGAAUAAUUAUGUGGUUAUGCUUGCUUAAAUUUAUGAAAAAAGUGUUCCAGGAACAGCAUGACAAAAAUGCUCUGUUCUCAGGAGAAAAUGUUUAUGCAGAAUGUUAUAGGGAGAACACUUACACAGGUUGUCCCCAGAAAGUCUGUGAUGGAAAUUAGAUUGACUGACAUUAUGAGAAGUUUACUUGUGAUAUAUACGUAACCCCCCACCCUCAUAUACAAAAAUCCCCUUUCAGACUUUAGAGCAUUUUCUUACUGAAUGCUGUCUAAUUUGUGAAUUGUACAUCUCUUAAUAAAACUCUUCGCUUUUAACCUUAGCAGGUUCAGAGAUUUUUUUUUUUCCCUUUAACAGUACUCAAUGUUAUUUUAUCUUCACAAAAGGAAGUUCAAAGUUUUCUUUUCUUUUAUAUGUUUUGAAACAGUUUAUAUAGCAAAAAAAUUGCCUAUUCUUUCAAGGUUUUAUGGAGCAUUCCCGUUAAAUGGUCUGUGCCUAUUGUGCUUUUGGAGGGUUAGACCUUGGACAAAUGUCUUUAUUUAUAUUCUUGUAAUUAAUCUUGCAAAAGAUGUUAAUAUUCAACAACAUCCAGUUUUCCUUUACUUCUGGGGAAAUGGGAAUUUUGCAUUUCCCUGACUCCUUGAAGUUAUGUAUGACCAGUGAAAUGACAGAAGUGGUGUGUGUCAUUCCUGAUGGGAGCUUUUAGGAGUCAAAGAUUGACCUUCCAUGCCCUAAUUCCAUGUGCCAGUUGAUUGUGGAAACACAUGCUGAGAUGAUAGCAUAUUAAACCGUAAAAUAUAUCAUAUUUUACAAUAAUUAAAACAUUGUUUUAGGUAUGUGAUUAGACAAGGAAAAAAUAGAACAAAAUAGAAUAUCCAGAAACCCAGGCAAAUGUCUGUGAGGUUUGCCAUUUGAAGUGACAUUUCAAAGCACUGGGGAAAAAGGAUGGAUUAUUCAACUGAUAGUAUUGGAAUAAAUAGCCAUUUGGAAGAAAUACAAUUGAAUUCCUAUUCUAUAUCAUGUAUUUUCCAGGCUGAUUAUACACAGUUAAGUCAUGCAAAAGCUUUGAGAGAUAAAGCUCCCUCU